GCCAAGCACAAGGAUGCUUGCAAAGUGAACACCUCCCGUUCGAGAAAAGGGUGGCGCGGCAACCCAGAUGCAAAGCCCAGGAGGCGACCUGGACGGCGGUGCCCCCUCCGCGGCCGCCGCCGCCUCCUCCUCCCCCUCCUCUUCCACCCCCUCGCCAAUGGCGCCGGGAGGAGUCGGAGAGGGCAAUGGCCGUGGCCGGGCCCCGGAUGGCGUCCCCAGCAUGAACCCACGGCGGCCUCAGGAACUGCUGGAGGAGGUGGAGAAACUGCGGGAGGAGAACGACACCCUCAAGAAUGAGAUAGAUGAGAUGAGAACUGAGAUGGAUGAGAUGAGGGACAGCUUUUUUGAAGAGGAUGCAUGCCAGCUACAGGAAAUGCGUCAUGAAUUGGAGAGGGCUAACAAAAAUUGUAGGAUUCUACAGUAUCGUCUUCGGAAGGCAGAGCGCAAAAGGCUUCGUUAUGCACAAACUGGAGAGAUUGAUGGAGAACUUCUUCGUAGUUUGGAGCAGGAUCUGAAGGUUGCAAAAGAUGUUUCUGUGAGACUUCAUCAUGAGCUGGAAAAUGUGGAAGAAAAACGCACCACCACAGAAGAUGAAAAUGAAAAGUUACGACAGCAAUUAAUAGAAGUAGAAAUUACAAAGCAAGCUCUGCAAAACGAACUUGACAAGAUGAAAGAGCAGUCCAUGAAAAGAAGAGGAAGCAAAGACUUGCAGAAAUCAGAAAAAAAGCAGCAGACCCCCACUGAGGAGGAUAAUGAAGAUCUGAAAUGUCAGUUGCAGUUUGUCAAAGAAGAAGCAACUUUAAUGAGGAAAAAGUUGGCCAAAAUAGACAAGGAAAAGGAUAGAUUUGAACAUGACCUACAAAAGUACAGAUCGUUAUAUGGUGACUUAGAUAGUCCCUUACCAAAGGGGGAAGCUGGAGGCCCACCUACCACAAGAGAAGCCGAACUGAAACUUCGUCUGAGGUUAGUUGAGGAAGAAGCCAAUAUCCUGGGAAGGAAAAUAGUGGAACUGGAAGUAGAAAACAGAGGGCUUAAGGCCGAACUUGAUGACUUAAGAGGAGAUGAUUUCUCAGGGGCAGCCAAUCCCCUAAUGGGAGAACAGAAUGAAUCUCUCUCAGAGUUACGACAGCAUCUGCAGUUAGUUGAAGAUGAAACAGAACUAUUGAGAAGAAACCUGGCUGAUGUGGAAGAGCAAAAUAAGCGCAUCACAGCAGAGUUGAACAAAUAUAAAUACAAGACAGGGACUCACGAUACUUCAAGGCAUCAUGACAGUGCCAAGACAGAGGCAUUGCAAGAAGAGCUCAAAGCCACCCGCCUGCAGAUCAAUGAACUCAGUGGUAAAGUUAUGCAACUUCAGUAUGAGAACAGAGUCCUGAUGUCCAACAUGCAGCGCUAUGAUCUGGCCUCACAUCUGGGAAUCCGAGGCAGCCCCAGGGACAGCGAUGCUGAAAGUGAUGCAGGGAAAAAAGAAAGUGAUGAUGAUUCACGUCCUCCCCAUCGCAAAAGAGAAGGGCCUGUUGGUGGGGAAAGUGACUCAGAGGAGGUCCGCAACAUCCGCUGCUUGACCCCUACGAGGUCCUUCUAUCCAACACCGACAGGGUGGCAAAAAAGCUUCACGGACCGUCAGCAAAUGAAGGAUAUUCGCUGUGAGGCAGAACGCUUGGGCAAGACGAUAGACCGCCUGAUUUCGGACACAAGCACUAUCAUAACCGAAGCGAGAAUUUAUGUGGCCAACGGAGAUCUAUUUGGACUUAUGGAUGAUGAGGAUGAUGGCAGUCGGAUACGGGAACACGAACUUCUUUAUCGGAUCAACGCCCAGAUGAAGGCCUUUAGGAAAGAGCUCCAAGCUUUUAUCGACAGACUAGAAGUUCCAAAAUCUUCAGAUGAACGAAGUGCAGACGAACCUUUGUCAGUGAGUCAGAUAAAAAGUGCAAGAGUUGUAGUUUCUGUAGCAAUCGCUGCUGUAAAAACACUGAAGACUAUUUGUUUGAAAACAAUGGGAACAACCCUUACCUUCCAAAAUGUGGAUAAUAAAAGAAAUCAAAAAACAAAUAUUCCCACCACUGAAUCUGACUUCUGCUUAUCAGAAAAGGCCUUGUCCUUUCCAGAAUUGGAAGCCCAUGCCCCAUGCCUUUCCUACUAUUUUAUGUUUGAAUUGAAAUGCUUAUGAAGGGAUUCUUCACAUACUUAAAGUGUAACCAGAAGGCAAAGGAGAAUAAUUGAUUAAUAUCUUUUGAAAAUAAGGAUGUUUAUGUAGCACAGUUCAACAACACUCUGCAUAUCUCAGCUUCAGUGUGGUGUGACUUGCCAUGUCAGAAUCACUGUUCACCAGUAAUACAAAGUUUUUACCAAGAGAAGCAAAGCCAAGCAAGGAUACAAAUCGAAAUAAAGCAAUGUGAAGGAAAACUCAGCCUUUGAGAAUUGCAAAAUGUCCAGAAGUUCUCAGAAGUGAGAAUAGUGUGAGUAAACAGGAUAUUUCACUGAUGGUGAUCCAAGAGUCAAGUUGUAACUUAUUAUGGAUGGAUGUGUUGUGCAUUUAUUUCCCAUAUGCAAUGAGAGACACACACACAAACAUGAAAAUAUUAUUAGUUUCAUUAAUAGUUGGCAUCCUUUAAUGUACAUAGACUGUAUAUACAAACAAGGCCAUUUAAAACUAUGAUAAGGCUUUUGGGAUAGUUUGUACCUUCCUUGCAUACCAUGUACAUUUUUUGCAUUGUAUCUGUUUUUAUCUUAAUAUAAACAUAUAAUUUAUUUGGUAAAAGCAACAUGUUUAUUUGCUAUAGGGUUGAUAACUGUUCUAGUGUUUCUGAAGGGGUUUUAUUUUAUCCUUUUCACUCAGGUGACCACAUUUGCACUGAAGUUUCCUAAAGUGGCUAAAUGGGAAUGGUGCAACUUGAUCAGCUUGACCAGCAGAUCUAUAUGGGCUUCUGGACUGCUAUCAGCACUACCUACUAUGAGAAGAAUAACUGAAGGAACUCCUUUGAACUUUGGCUGAGGGAUCUCAGUGAAGCUAGGUUUAUUUUCCAUGACCACAAUCACUUAUGUGCAAGUGCACAUUGGUCAAUAACCUCACUUUUGAAAUGCUGGAAAAAUGAUGUUGAUUCUUUGAUCACCCUUCCAGUCUUCAGUGUUUUUAUCAAUGAGAGAAGGAUACCCCUCCCAUCACGCAUAUGUAUAGAUAUUUAUAGCUCAUGCAUGGUAAAUUUUCCUUUAAAUGACAUGCUAAGGUUCCUCACCUCCAUACAUUUUUAAACAUUAAAUACUGUAUAAUUCUGUACAUUCCGACUUUUCCCACAAACAGCAGGAAGACAUGCUGUGUGCAUGAUCAUGUGUUUAUAGGUGCAUGUGUUGGAAUAGGAAGUAUUACUAGUCUGUAUUUAGAUGACCCAAAAUUAAUACUACUAUUGAUGCUGAAAUUAGACAUGCUUAUUUGUAGGCAUACACGUAUAGAAAUGAUACAUUUUGUGGUUUAUUUUAUUUGAAGAUAUAUAACUCUGGCAACAGGUACUUUCAAAAUAUCUUUUACAGGUUUCACAGGUCCACUAUUUGAAAUAAAAAAAAAUGAACGCAUGCAUUUUUGUAAUUGUAACAACAGAAAAGGCGUUCAUAUAAUGUGUGCUACUUAGCUCAGUGUAUUGAUUUCUCAUUUAUGCUUAAUGCUCUUCCUCUUCUUUACAUUGCUAGGUCAAAGUGAGCUGUGCAUAUUUUUUUGACUUCACUGAUCUAUCACUUUUAAGUUCAUUUACCUUUUUCAGUGCACAGACAUUUGUAAAGAUGAUCAUCUCUCUCAACAUUUUGCCACUCAUGGUAAUCCAGAGACUGGUUUUCAGUGGAAUUACUAUCCAGCAACACUGUUGUGCAGAGAAAGAAGCAGGCUGUACAACAUUUUAGGGCAUAAAUAAAUCUUUUAAGAAAAUUCAGGUUUUCUGGUAACACUUGCCUUGUGUCAUGACAUGUUGGUGUCCCUGCCAAGUACUUUAUAUUCAGUGAUACAGAUGUGCUCAUUGGGAGCCCACACGUUAUAUUGAAGUCCAGAUGUGAAGAAAAAUGAACCAUGUGACCGAGGGGUGGGUGGGAUGGGGAUGUGAUAGAUAGAUGCUAUUUUGUAGGGACGGCUUUAUGCCUUGUGAAGUCUUUCUAUGUUUAAGCAGUUUCUUUUUAAAUAAUCUAAAAGUACUGCCUUUUAAAGUGGUGUCCAAGAAAAUGCAGUGACGUACCCUUACCUGGUGAUGUUCAGGAAUGUGUUUUAAUUUUUGUAAUUCCCAAUCAACACAGCCUUGUAUUGA